GGCAGCUGCACCGCGACUCUGCUGUCGAGGAACGAGAGCAUCGUUUCAUCCCCCUGUCCCUCUGUCCCUCCCUCCGUCUCCCCUCUCUCCUCCUCUCUAAUUGUCUCCCCUCCUGGCUGCCACUGCAAUGUGGCUGUCUCUGCAGUGAAAGUGCCGGCUGGCAGAUUCUCCUUGAGUGAACCCUGACUGUGCGCAGUGAGCAUUUGCCUCCUCGCCCGUCCACGCUGCACAGCCUGCGAGCGAGGGACCGGCUGCAGAGCAGAGUGCAGCUGGGGCUCACUUCACAAGGACCAGCAGGUGCCACACUGGGAUGUGCCUUCUCUAGGGUCCAGACACCCAGACUGAAGCCUCCAGAUUUAUUCCAGUGUACCAGAGAGGCUACCUUCAGUCCACUGGCUGUCCUGAGUCUGGGGCCGGAUCCUGCAGCACUAUUUGUUUUGGAGCAGAUCUGGCAGCCAUGGAGGUGCUGAGUGUUGGGGUCGACCCCCCGAGGUUGGGCCCUCCAUACGCAGCCACCGGCCUGAUCUUCUCGUUGCUGCUUGGUGUUUGGUCUGCUCAGGCCCUUGAGAUGUUUGUAGGGAAGAUUCCCUUCCUUGAGGCCGUGAAUGGCAGCACAGUCCUUUUGCCGUGCACUUACGCCAGUUGUAUCGGCAUCGAGAAUCUCUACUUCAACUGGCAGUACAACGAAAACGGCACCAUGCAAAAGGUGUGCGAAUCACUGAUAGAGUCAGAGGAGUCGGUGCCACAUGUCAGCAUAUACAGAGAACGAGUGGAGUUUGUGGGGAAGAACCAUCACAACAACGUCUCCAUCUUGCUGUGGAACAUCACCUUCGAUGACGCAGGACAGUACACCUGCUUUGGACGCAAUCCAAAAGAGAAGGGCAGGAACCACAGUGCCAUCUUCCACCUCAUUGUGGUGGAUGAGGUGAGGGUGGUGGAUAAGACACUGACCAUCAUCAUCGCCUCAGCUGUGGGCGGAGCCAUUGGGUUUCUGAUGGCCUUCAUGUUGCUCAAGAACUUGACUAUCUUUAUUCUUUCCAAGCUUGAGGAGAAAAAUAAGGAGUGCCUUGUAACUUCAUCAGGGAUCGACAACACAGAUAAUGGCCUCUCAGGAUCCAAGGCUGACUCAAAACCAACACCAAAAAAGAAAUGAGCAGGUGCAUGUGUGGAAAACCACACGAGUGAUCACAUCCUCUUUUGCAUAUAUUUGUAUAUGCACAUGUGUUUGGACACAUGACCCAACUCCUUUUUUGUUGUCAUCUUCAAAGCUCUGCCUGGCUGUGGGACUACAUCACAUGUGCAGAUUAUAUCAAACUAAAGAAUGUGCAAGUCAUUAGUGCACCCAUAUAGUGAUUAUUUAAAAGGUGCACAUAAUUUAAUUACAUCAAAAGGAGAACACAUCUACCAGAGACUCUCUAGCGUGACCUAUUUAGGAUUAAUUGUGCUACCUUUGCCCACAUUGUUCAGCACAUUGUUGGAAAAAAAACAUUAAAAGCAAGAAUGGUGUUACCUGGGUGACUAAGGGAAAAGUUUGAAGUUACAUUUUUUCAUAUGUAAGUAAUGAUGGGUGAAUGAUACAAUGCAACGUGUUGGACGAGAAGGAAAGGUCAGCUCGGGCGAGGAAAUAAGAGCAAUGUCCUGGAGAAUAUAAAGUAAGAAAAAGAAGAAGUAAGAAAAUGUAGAUAAAGUUAAUUUAGAUAAUUUAAAAGAGCUCAAUAUAGAACAAUAAUCAAAAACAAUACUAUAUACAUUAGAGAGUGCAAGGUUAAAACCAAAGCGACAAGCGUAUACUGUAUAAGUAUAAGUAUAUGUAUAGGCUAUAUAAGUUAUUGCACAUUUUCCAGCGGUGAGUAACUAGAGAAACUUAUGGGACAAGCAGUUGUCUAAUAUGUGUACAUGGUAUGUGUGGUUAUGCACUGAGUUUAAUCUAACAUCAGAACUCUGAAUGUCUCUGGUCAAUUAACUUGUUAGAUUUAAACCAAAUUAUGUGCACAUUUUAUCAAUGUCGGGAGACGUUUUAUAUAAUUUGCACAGUUAUGAUAUUGUGUGGGUUGAAAUGAUAAACAAAGUAUUAUGCCAUGUGUAAAGCACUUUGUUGCAUAUCAAUCGUGUGUUUCAACAGCCAGAGUCCAUUCAAUAAGAAAAAACUCUUUGACUGUUUUUCAUCAGAAGUAAAAAAAAAAAAAAUACAUAUCUGCUAGUACUUGAAAUAUAGCAUGGGGCUGAAUCCUGAUUUAAAUUCUAGCAAAUUCACAAUAGACUUCAAUGAAUAUUUGUGAUGUGCAAUCAUUUCAAGCACCUCUACUUGACAGAUCUACUGAUCGAUUUGGACUUAAAAAAAAACACCCAGUAUAAUGUGUGAUUUAUUAAAAAACGAGUCUAAAGUAAAUGUUAAGAUGUAGCACAGAGGCUAUAUUUACAAAACACAUUGUAGGAUUCAGCUGGGUUAUUCAUCUUGUACCUGCCCUUUGCUUGAUAUAAACACAGGUGCCUGUUAGUGCUUCUGAUGCUCCUCCGUCAGCGAUGACGACGACAUAUUGCUACACACUUUAUAAAACUCAGCAGACCUAAAUAACACAACCAGCUUCUGAAACGACACCAUAGACAAUCCCUUGAAUCAAUCUCCCCAACCUUUAGAUCAAAGAUUGACCCUCUGACGAUGCUGCUUUAACACAAGCAUGAGCAUGUGCAACAUGGGGCAGAAUUUAGAUACAGUGCUUGACAAUAGACGUUCAUACCUUUUGGUGAAAAAAACGUGUUGUAAUAUACUUGCACCAGUAGCGUCUGCGCUGAGGUUAACUGUAAAUCCCAUUUGAUGCCAUGCUACUUCCAUUGUGCUAACCCUCGCUAAGGCUAAGCACUAUAUGGACAUGGACCUCUUUUGGCUGUGCCUGGAUCAGGCUCCACAUAUUAUCUCUGCUUAGUAUGUGCCUCUUCAUGGAAAUGGCUUGUUUCUCUUGAACACUGACAAAUGUUCAUUUAGUCAGUGUUUUAUUCUUUGCAAUAAAUAAUCCUUACCUGCUGAAACAUAGAGCUGGUUUAUGGGUGGUUUUCAUACGUGAUCAUUUUAACCAUGAAGAUCUAAUGCCGUGUGCACAGCUGGGAAACCAGAAUGGAAUUUUCUGUCUUUAUUAGAAAAGUCUGUUUUUUUCAGUUUGAGACCAGGACUUUUAUCAUGUUCAAAUUCUGUAAUGCUCUCACUCAAAUGCCUUCGCUUGCACUCAAAUAUCCACUGCUUGUACUUGCACUCCGGCAGAGAAGAAAUCGGAGAGCGGAAGUUACAGAUGUGCGUAGAAGCAACGUGAGUGUGAGGAGUAGAGCUGAAGUCGGAGUGCAGGAAGUCUAAGCACAAGCAGGGGAUAAUUGUGUGCGAUCGCAGGGAUUUGAGUGAGAAAGCUGCUCAAUCUGAAUGUGAAGCCAUUAAGUCCUGCUGUUAAAAACUGAAGACCACGCUAUGGAACAAAGAUCAUAAUCAUUCUGGUUUCCUAUAUUUAUUCGACUCUGGUUUCCUAGCUCUGCAAAUGGCACUACGUCUUCAUGGUUUAAAUGGCCAUGCAUGAUCAGGGGAGGGCAGGAUGAGUAGGGGGAUGUAGCUCAAGCAUAAACCCUGUUCCAGGAGGAAAUAAGAGAAGCAAUGCUCUGGGUGUAGCCACUGACUGUGCCAAACAGAGAAGAUUUCUACUGUGCAUCACCUCAGGAGAUGAAUGUACCCGCAUCGAACAGUGAAAUAUCAUUUGAAGCUGCAUUUGCAUCAUUCGAGACACUGAGUGUCUGGCUUUAAAAAAGAAAUACCUCUGGAGAGUGGGACAGAUGUGUGGCUAAACACAGUGUCAGCUCAGAUAUGUACUGUUUCUGAUGAUUUCAUGAGACUAUAUGUUACGUUUAAUAAUAAUAACGUGCCUGAAGCAAUAUAUUAUACAGGGGGUGUGUUGGUGUGUCUGGCACUUUGAAUUAUAUAUUUUUGUGUGUGUGUGAUACAAGUCACUGUUGGUUUGUCAAAUUGUUCAUCUAAAUGAGACGAGAAGAAGCCAAACAGCAAACAUGAGCAGAGUGAAGACUUCCUAUUCUAAUGAAAUCCCAUGAAAUGGUAUGAUCAAUAAAUUGUAUGUAUUCUUAUUAAACAGCGUCUGAUGCCGCUGAAGCUUUAGAUCUUGUUAACCGACUGGUGUCAGUCUUCUCCUCUAAAGUUCAGCUAGACAGCAAAAAUACGAUUCCCUUAUGAUAAAGUUUUCAUGUGUUAAUCAUGAAUAUCAGACUCAGAAACUUGGUUAAUUGCUAAGUAGGUUCCCAGGUCAGCUGAAGUCUGAUCUGAUAGGACUGACAAAAAGUCCAAUUAGAAUUCCUACAAACAUUUGAAUGACUUGAUCGGCCUGUUUCAUGGGAUCCUUUAGGAAGAUGUAGCAGGUACAUGGGUAAUAUACAUCUGUCUCAUGUGUGUAGUUUGGCUUUAGAGAGAAACUCCACCCUCGAGCAGGCCUAUGGAGUCAGGCUUCUGGUGUGACUUUGGAAUCAAGAGGAUCCAUUUAGCCUGGAUCAUAAAUUAAAAUUAUUCAAAUUGAAAUGUCAAUAACUUUUUUAGCCUGUGAAAGGUUGGGUUUUCUCUCACAAAUGUCUGCCAGUUGUUGUCUAGUAAGACUCAGUAAGAAAACAGUGUAUUGUUUCUGAAUCUAUGAAUGGAAUAAGAGAUCAGUGUCAGUGUGGGCCUUAUGAUGACUAUGCAAAUCACAACAGAAGUGAAUCCCUUGAUAGUUUGUCACACUGCACCUUCCAGUUACUGUAACGGGCCGUAAGCAAUACAACUGUAGGAUCAGAGGCAGUUGUGAUGAUGGGAUGCAGGGCGAAUGGGGAGCAUCCAGAGAGGAGCAUGGAGAGGAGCCCCCUGUACUUGCUUGGACCCCUGCAGUGUAAAAGACAUACUCGACUGCUGCUCUCUGCACACAAAUAUACAGCUGUAAUGCUCCGCUCAUCCUCAAAUGAUGUCCCCAUUUUCAUCCUGUCGUCCGUGCACAUCAGCUCUCCAUCUCUUUAUUAUGAAAACAGGAAAUCUAAUAAAAGUUUGGAAUAAAGUC